AUGCACCCCAUCAUCCCCGGCUUCGCUCCCGACCCGUCCGUCUGUCGGAUCGGCGAGUUCUUUUAUCUCGUCACCUCCUCCUUUCACUUAUUCCCCGGCAUCCCCAUCUACGAAUCGAUAGACCUCGUGAACUGGAAGCACAUAGGAAACGCUAUCAAUCGCCCCUCCCAACUCUCCCUCCGUGAAGCGUCAACCAAAAUCUCCCCCAUCGACGAAGGGAAAUUGAUCGCCACGGGGGGAUUGUUCGCCCCUACCAUCCGUCAUAACAAGACCACCGGAGUGACAUACAUCCUCUGCACGAAUGUCCGGCACGGCACCGUCAACGACUCGACGCGGAACUUCAUACUCUCCACGACAGACAUCCACGCCGGUCACUGGUCGGAUCCGGUCUACUACGCGUUCAACGGGAUCGACCCCUCCCUCUUCAUCGAAGAGAACGGCAAGGCGUAUAUCCAGGGCACACACGCGCCAGAAUGCCACAUCCACAACUUCCAAGUUGAUCUCGAGACCUUGCAACCGCUCUGUGACCCGCAGGCUCCCUCAGCGUGUAUCUUUACGGGAUGGAACAAGAAAGACACAGAGGGCCCGCACAUCUACAAGAAGGACGGAUGGUACUUUCUUCUCGUUUCCGAGGGAGGCACCUUUGCAAAUCAUAUGGUGACCAUCACCCGGUCGAGAGAUCUGCACGGUCCGUAUGAAGUGUACGAGGGGAAUCCGAUUUUCACGGCUUCUCCAAACGAUUACAUCCAGCAUACGGGCCAUGCGGAUCUGUUCCAAGACGCUCAUGGAAAAUGGUAUAUGGUUUAUCUCGGGGUGAGGAAACGGGGCAACAGGUUCAUUCUCGGGCGAGAGAGUUUCCUCACCCCUGUUUCAUGGGAGGGUGAGUGGCCUGUUAUAAGACAGCAAGAGGGUCUAAGAACGACUCUUUCUGCCGUGAAGAAUGUGGAUUGGGUGUAUCUCCGUGAUGCAGAGCUGGAAAGGUAUUCCCUGCAAGAAGAUCAAGUGUCUAUCACGGCUUCAUCUGUGUAUUUGGACAGUCCCGACCAGACAGUUAGUUUCAUGGGAAAACGCCAGCGGGAGUUGAACGGCACUUCGACCGUUGCAUUGGAUACAGUCUCCGACAAGAAAGAUCAUCUCCGAGCCGGUCUGGCAGUGUACAAAGAUGAACAUCGGUUCGUGGCAUUGGCGCACGACUUUGCCUUGCACGAGGUGACACUGGAGAUCACCAACCAGGUGACGAGUCUGUCGGUGAAGAAGAGCAUGCCGGUUUCUCCCUGCACGGAGCUCUUCUUGCGCAUCAGAUACACGGAGGAGGAGUAUGAGUUCGCGUUCAAGGAGGAUCGGCAGUGGACUGUCAUGCAUACCCUCGACACGGCGGAUAUGUGUGGAUUGGACUUUGUCGGGCCGGUCAUUGGCAUGUUUGCUUGGGGGGAGGGAGAUGUUCUUUUUAAAGGGUUUACUGUUGACAGUAUACUAUAG